AAAAAAGGCCCACUCUACUGUAUUGUUUCUCACUCUGUCUUUUAGCCUUCAUUCACUUUUCUUCCUUCUCUUCACACCCCACUACACUCUCCCCACCAUUUCAUCGCCAAGCUUAUCUUCUCUUCUCUUCUCUUCUCUGUACAAAGAAACUUCUAGAUUUAAUCUUCUCCGUUUCCAUAUUUCCGGCCGCCGGAGAUUCGCCCAGACUGUAAUAUUUGCUUACUAAAACGACGUCGUGUGCCUAUUCAAUUGUAGCACAUGGAUCUCUCAAUCCUGUUUCUCUACGGAAGUUAGAAAGAAUGCAGAAUGCUUUGCAUUUUUUAGGGUUCUUGGAGCGGUCUGAUUCGGUGAUUCUAGCCUCAUAGCAAUGCCAAACUUGCUUUUAAGCUUCCGCUACAAUCAAUUUUCUCCACAUUAAGCGUGAGUCUCGUGGAUUAAGGUUUUGAAAGUGAUACUGGUAACCUUAGCUCAGGUAAUUAUCUUAUCAACUCACAGAUAGUAGAAAAUAUUUGGUCAUCUGACGAAUCUACAUUGCUCUAUCUCCGUAAAAUGCUCUAACCUGAGUAUUAAAUCAAGUCAAUAUUACGGUUUUGGGUAAGGAUUUAUAAAGGAAGUUGAGUAAUUAGGGUUUCGCAGGGAUUAUUAAGCUCUUAUCUUUACGAUAGUCUCUUUACUGAGUAAGAAAUACAAAGGUAAAAAAGGUGUUUUAGAGCUUGUGACUUUGUUAACGGGUGAAAGUGCUAGCUCUGCUUGCUUUAUCCAUCCCCCCUAAAGAAUGGAUCUUUUUGAUACAGUUGUUGUCGCAUUUCAUAUGCUGUACUAGAUUAUUCUGCUACCAUCUGUGGCUUUUGAAAUACUACUUUAAGUGUGAAGUUGGAGCCACGUCAAGCACUAAAAGUAGAUGACAUGGUCGGCCAGGUUUUUUGUUUAAUGGCUUAUUUUGGAUCUGAAGACUUGUCACCAUAUAAGUAGAGUACUGUCUUUUGGGGGUUGACCUUGUCUUUGUGAGUUGUCGGAUCUGCAGCGUGAGGGCUGAGGAAGAUUGUACUGGUUGUCUGAAACUGUGAAGCAUCGAUGGGGCUUCUUGAAAGUCUCUCGAUGCUUCUUCUUCUAUUGUGGCUAUGUUUCUUGCCACGUUUAGGGAGUUGUUCUUCCCUGGGAGCUGCAAGGGCAUUAGAUGCACUCCUCCAAGAUUAUGCUUAUCGUGCAUUUGCCCGUCCAAGGACAGGUGUUGUUUAUGAUGGAGAUGUGCCAUUGAAUUUGACAGGGAUUAAGGUGUCAGCCAUGAGGCUCAGGAGUGGCAGUUUAUGGACCAGAGGUGUUCCAACAUAUAAAGAGUUUCAGAUACCUGUUGGGGUCGUUGAGCAACCUUAUGUUGAGAGGCUUGUAUUGGUCUACCAAAAUUUGGGCAAUUGGUCUGCAAGAUAUUAUAGUUUACCUGGUUACAUGUACUUGACUCCUGUGGUGGGUCUUCUUGCUUAUGAUGCAUCAAACCUUUCAGCAAUUUACUUGCCUGAGUUGGACAUCAGGGCUUCUGGUCAGCCCAUCUCAAUAAGGUUUUCAGAUGUCAAGCCGGCGCCUGUUGGAUCAUCUGCUAUGUGUGUUUCAUUUGAUUUAAAAGGAUCAGUGAAUUUCAGCAGUGUAUUGUCGGACAACAUAUGCACGACCUUUCUACCGGGGCAUUUCUCUAUU